UAGGACUGACGUACUAGGAAGUGUGUUCAACACAACAACACUGCAGCUUCAUCAUUUACAAUUUACAUACUAUGGAUACAGAAAAAACAUUAUGAUGCCAUUUCAGCAACAUAUAGAAUUAUUCCUCUAAUAGGAAGCUUCUUUGUGACGAAUUGCCACCAAAAAGUUUAUUAUCAUCCAUUCUGACUUUGGGAGGACCUUUCCCACCCUCUCUCAUGUCCUCCGGCUGUCCCCCCCAGUCACCAGCUGUGGCUAAGUCUGAGGUAGCAGUAGAGGGAGAAUGCCCGCUGCUGGCGGCCACCUUCGCCUACUGGGACAACAUCCUGGGUCCACGGGUGCGCCACAUCUGGACACCAAAGGGAGAGCAGCUGAUGUUCCUCAGCGAUGGAGAGGUCACAUUUUUGGCCAAUCAUACACUAAACGGGGAGAUCCUGCGAAGCGCUGAGUGUGGCGCCGUGGACGUGAAGUUCUUUGUCCUGGCGGAGAAGGGCGUCAUCAUUGUGUCUCUUAUCUUCGAUGGCGAGCUGAAGGGGGAUAAGAACACAUGUGCCUUGUCCAUUAUCCUGCCUCAAACAGAGCUGGCCUUCUACCUUCCUCUGCACACCAUCUGCGUAGAGAGGCUAAAGCACGUUAUCCGCAAGGGACGCAUUUGGAUGCAGAAGGGCUACAACAUCAUCUCGGUGCUGAGCUUGGAGAUCAUCCCUAUCAUGGAGCUGUUGGCCUCUAUGAAGUCUCACCAUGUGCCAGAAGAUAUAGACGUGAGCAGCACAUACACACGCACAC